AUGUGGCGCGACCGCACCAAUCUCUACAUCUCCUACCGACAGUCAUACGCCCAUCACCCUACUCAGAGAUUUAAGUAUGCUGUCGGAGGUGCCUCGAGUUCCAGCAACACAGAAGGCUACGGCGAUUCCUUUGCCAGCCGAAGCGAUGCGCCCGAGGACUCCCGAGGUCUCCUGGCGGCUUACCAGGACGAUGGGGACGCCGUGAUUGAGAUGGACGUACUGCCACCUCGCUGGGCAGACGUAACGGACGAGAUUACCGAAAUACUCGCCGACAUUGCGACGAAAGGCCACGGCCUCGAUAAGCUUCACCAAAAGCAUGUGCUCCCGGGGUUCGACGAUGACGACGCCAAAAAGGCAGAGGAGGCCCAGAUCGAGAGGCUCACCCAGGACAUCACGAAGAGCUUCCACAAGUGCCACGCCUGCAUCCAGAAGGUGGAACAGAUGGUCCGCGAGUCGAAACACACCGGAACCAUUACCAGUGCCGAGGAGACAAUGGCGAAGAAUAUACAGAUCUCCUUGGCGACUAGGGUCCAGGAUGCCAGUUCAAACUUUAGAAAGAAACAAAGCGCAUACCUCAAGAAGCUUCGUGGAAUGGGCGGAUUCAGCACGCCGACAGGAGAGCGCGCCAGUACACCACAGCCCGGGUCCUAUUUCGAGCCGUCUCUCCAAGAUUCCGAUGCAGAUCGCUCAUUUUCGCAGUCCACCCUACUCCAGGCUACUCAACAACGGAUGCUUCACUCCAAUGAUGCCGUCAUCGCUCAACGAGAGCGUGAGAUUGAGGAUAUCGCACAGGGUAUCAUCGAGCUCUCGGAUCUGUUUCGGGAUCUACAGACCAUGGUCAUUGACCAAGGAACCAUGCUCGAUAGAAUAGAUUACAACGUCGAGAGAAUGAACACGGACGUUAAAGCAGCCGACGUCGAAAUCAAGGUUGCGUCCGGAUACCAACGGCAGACGACAAAGCGAAAAAUCAUCCUUCUUUUGAUCAUAAUUAUCGCCGGUCUCUUCAUCCUUCUCCUGGUCAAGCCCAAGAAAAAACGUUAG